CUUUCUGGUAUCAGAUUCAAGAUGCCGCUUGACCGGCAGCGCGGAGUCACGGGCUCGGCGCUGGGCGAUGAGGAGGAGGAGCGCGUGUACCGCCCGCUGCUGUUUCAGUCCACGGGCUACGCGUCCUCGGAGCUCUUUCGUGACUCAUAUGAGAUGCACUCGAGGCUGCCGACAGUGUCUUCAACCGCUCCUUUAUUAGGUGUUGAGGCUGCUGGCGGCGACUCGACCGAGAAUCAGAAACAGAGACAUGUAUUCGAACCACAGAUUCGGCUGGAAACCCUGUCAUCACGGGCUGCUACAGCGGUGCUAUGGAUCACGUACCUGGCUUUCUUACUGGCGAUGGUAUUGCCGUAUCUACAGAGCAAAGGGUACCUGGAAACGGUGCGGAAUUAUGGUGGAAUCAGAUUUAGUUGUGCUGUGCUCUUAUUCUGAUUCUGUGUACAUCAACUUUAGGCGGUCGAAUUGUCAGGAGCAGUGUGUAAGGACGAACAUAGGAGAGAGCCCUGCAUUCAAGUUGACAAAACGAGGAAUGUUGCUCAGUGGGCAGCUUAUGUGGCCAAUGUAUCACGAUAUACGGGAUCCAUUGAGCUCAAGCUAAAUGUUCGGGAACAGGUGAACACUUCAAUAUUGUCAGAUUUGCUGGCGCCACUAGAAAAUAGCAAUACAUUCCAAGAACUGGAACGUGUGGGGACUGCGUGGAAUAUGGAUCGAGGAGUGAAGAAUGGCAUAGCUGAAGCGUCAAGUAAGGACGAGGAAGUGGAUCAAGCCGCUGGAUACGUAUUGACUUACGAUGCCAGACUGUAUGGCAUUGACCACGACGUAACACCGGCCUCAAAAGAUCCUGUUGUAGAUGAACGCAACCAGAGUAUUUGGGUCGAGUGUCGAUCGGGAGGACCAUGUGAAGAUGUGAGGCUCGUGGAGAUUACGCAAGACAUCGACCGACUGGGUGGAAGUGGAUACGAUGCAUACUUUGCUGUUGUGACCUUCCGAGGGCUGUAUCCAAAUGUCUUCGGCAAGAACGUGGUCUAUGAAUUUGCCUAUACGAAACCAGCUAUUCAUGUCGGCGAAGUGAUUGUUCGUGGAGUAUUGGUGCUUGUAUCUAUCUUAGCGCUUCCUUGUUGGUUCAUUUCAGUGUUGAACUUCCACGGUGGAUCAUGGAGUCAAGUGCUUACGGUACAAAAGUGGUUGCUGGGCGUUGGUGUCGUGCUCGUGCUUUGGCAGAACCCAGUGUACGCAGUAUCGGAGCUGUACACCACUGUGAGCAUGCGCACUCGAUUCGUAUCCAUCACUUGCCAGUCAUUCGCGGAGGCUUUCUUUUACGUGUUUUGGCUCAGUCUGAUGGACCAGCACAGCGGAGAUUUUUUGUCUCGAAGAUGCUCGUUUGGAACGAAAUUCCUUUUUGGCUUGACACUUUUCGCUGUGGACACAUGGAUGACUAUGUUACGAAUGCCAAAAUUAUUAUUUGGAGCGGACGAGACUUCAUCUGCUCGCGAUUUCCACCACAAAGAACUUUACGUGCUUCUGGGUUUCAUUCGCACGGGUUUGGUGCUGUUUUGGCUCACAUGGAUCAUGAUAGUUGGAGCACGAUCUGGUCGGUAUUUGAAGGCUUUACCAUACAUGGCGACUCGCUUCAAGCAGCUAUCAUACCGAUUUCUCGUGCUUGAGACACUCCUUAUCUUCGUCUACACCUUUGUGCUGUCAGCUCUGCAGAUCUUUCACUUGACCCAAACGUGGUACUUCAUUGGAUACGACGCGUUCAUCCAGGACUCAGUGCACACGUUCGCGAAGAUGCACACGGGUCACCCAUCACUGGGCAAGUUCCUGUUCUUGUCGGUGUAUGUUUACUUGGUCAUGUUUGUACACUUGCCUCCACUUGCAGGAGACAGCACGGGUCUUCUGACAUCCACAGCGUUCCAUGUCGACGAGAAGCCACGCGUGGACUCCUACGGCUUCCUGACACCCGACUCCAAUUUGUUUUGUGUCGAAACGGCUGGAUGGUUGCUGGAGUUGGCGUAUCAAGCUUACUUUGAUCCUCCUGGAUGUCCGUCGUCGUCUGGAUACGGUGAGCUCACUCUUGAAAGAUACGGCUUUGAGCUGAUCACUCAUCUGCGAAGUAACCUUACGGACACACACGUAGUCGUCGCAUGGAGUCGAGAAGACCAUCGACGUUUGGUGAUAUCAUUCCGAGGCACUACCAGCAAGGCAAACUGGAAGAGCAAUCUUAGAGCUGACCAAACGGUGCUGUGGAUAAAAUCUCGAGGUCUGCGUUGGAGGAAGUCAUGUCUUGAAAAAGUGAAGGAUGUCGCUGCGAAGAUCCCGUUGCUCAACAUGGCGCUACCACGGGUACAUCGAGGAUUUUGGAUCGCAUACGAGUCGAUUCGAGACGAGCUGAAGGAAGUGACACGACUGAUUUUGGACGAAAACCCUGGCAUUUCGGUGUAUAUCACUGGUCACAGUAUGGGUGGUGCACUAGCGGUUAUUGCUGCAUACGACCUUGCUGUAAAUUUCAGCAUCAACGUCAACAUGUACAACUUCGGUGGACCUCGAGUAGGUAAUCCAAGCUUCCGUCAGCACUACGACAGUUGUGUCCCCACAAGUUACCGAGUUGUCAUGGAUGGCGACAUCGUACCGGGCUGGCCGAGAUUUUGGGGACUUUAUCAGCAUGUGGGGACUGAAAUCUCACUUGACGUCGCGGGUAACCUGAUUGUUGACCCGAGUUUCGUUGAGCGGCAUCUUCAUAACUCAUCAAGGCGCAAGACGACGAUGCAUGGCACUAACGUUUAUCGCGUAUCGAUCGCAAAGUGUCUGGAGAAUCUCACGACUUCAUAAAUGCUAAAUUGUAUAUUUUCCAACCACUUUGUGUUACUUUGAGUGGAUGAAGCGUCAC